UUGGCUAAAUACGUAACAGCCAGUGCUUGAAUGCAAACAUGAGAAGACCUUUGAGGGGAUUCGGAAUCCUAAUUAUACACUCAUUUCUAGUUUGUGCCAUAAGAAUUGCUACUGCAGAAGACAGAAUUACUGCAGGGGAAUCUAUCAGAGAUGGGGAAACAGUGGUUUCAGCAGCCGAAAGCUUUGAACUUGGGUUCUUCAGUCCAGAGAACUCAAAUAGCAGAUACUUGGGGAUUUGGUACAAGAAAGUUUCACCUGGGACAGUUGCAUGGGUUGCUAAUAGAGAUGCUCCACUUUCUGAUCACUCAGGAGUUCUUAGUAUUUCUCGUCAGGGAGUUCUUGUGCUUCUCAAUAGCACCAAUGACACUAUUUGGUCAUCAAAUGCAUCGAGAACAGCAUCGAAUCCGGUGGCGGUGCUCUUAGAUUCUGGAAACGUUGUUGUGAAAGAUGGAAGUGAUGAUAAUAACCCAGAUAACUUCUUGUGGCAAAGCUUUGAUUACCCAUGUGACACUUUAUUACCAGGUAUGAAACUUGGCAUAAACUUGGAUACAGGUUUGAACAGGUUUUUAUCAUCGUGGAAGAGCUUAGAUGAUGCUGCCGAAGGAGAUUUCACGUUUAAGAUAGACCCUGAUGGGUAUCCACAAACAUAUCUUAGAAAGGGUUCUGAUAUACAAUUUAGAUCAGGUUCCUGGAACGGUCUCCGUUGGACAGGAGCUCCUACACUGAAACCAAAUUCAGUAUAUACUUAUGAGUUUGUCUUGAAUGAGCACGAAGUGUAUUUCAAAUUUGAGAUCCUGAAUGAUUCAGUCCCUUCAAGGAUGGUGCUGAGCCCAUCAGGUCAGCUGCAGCGUUUCACAUGGAUAGAUCGAACACGAAGAUGGGCUCCAUAUUCUGCAACAAUAAGUGAUCAGUGUGACAAUUAUGACCUGUGUGGUGCAUAUGCUAGUUGUAACAUUAAUAACCCUCCUACUGAAUGUGGAUGCUUGGAUGGAUUCUCACCAAAAUCUCCUGGAGACUGGAAUAUCUUUGAUUGGUCCGAUGGGUGUGUUCCAAGGACUCCAUUGAACUGCAGUGAGAGUGGAGAUGGCUUUUUGAAGCUCUCAGCAGUAAAAUUGCCGGAUACGAGUCAUUCCAAGGCUGAUAAGAAUUUCAGCCUUUUGGAAUGCGAGAAAUUGUGUUUUGACAAUUGCUCUUGUACGGCAUAUGCCAAUUUAGAUGUCAGAGAUGGGGGGAGUGGUUGUUUGCUCUGGUUUGAUGACCUGAUUGACAUAAGAGAUUAUACUGACAUUGACGGUGGGCAAGAUCUCUAUGUUCGGAUGGCUGCUUCAGAACUAGAUAAAAUUAGGAAGAGAAGGAAAUCCAGUAAGAAGAAGCAUGUGGUAAUCAUAGUAACAUCUGUAAUUGCAGCCAUGGGAGUACUUGUAUUAGGAUGCAUCGCGUAUAUGCGGAGAAAGAAACCUAAGAAUCAAGGGAGGGCUGCUAACAGCUUUCAAUCAUUGGACUACAGCAAUAAGGACAGCAGGGAAGGAGAAAUGGAACUACCAAUGUUUGAUUUAACCACCAUAGCUAAUGCCACAGACAACUUUUCAAACUAUAACAAGCUGGGAGAGGGUGGUUUUGGGCCUGUAUACAAGGGUAAGUUGAUAGAGGGACAAGAAAUUGCAGUUAAAAGGCUUUCAACAAGUUCUGGACAAGGAAUGGUAGAGUUCAGAAAUGAAGUUCUUCUGAUUGCUAAACUUCAGCAUCGAAAUCUUGUAAAGCUUCUGGGUUGUUGCAAUGAUCAAAAUGAAAGAAUGUUAAUUUAUGAAUACAUGCGCAACAAAAGCUUGGACCACUUUAUUUUUGAUGAAAAAAGAAGCAGAUUACUGGAUUGGGGCAAGCGAAUCUGUAUAAUUGAAGGAAUUGCUCGAGGGCUUCUUUAUCUUCAUCAAGACUCUAGACUAAGGAUUAUACAUAGAGACUUGAAAGCUAGUAAUGUGUUAUUAGAUGAUGAAAUGAAUCCAAAAAUUUCAGAUUUUGGAAUGGCUAGGACAUUUUGGGGUGAUCAAACUACAGCAAACACAACUAAAAUUGCAGGAACAUAUGGUUAUAUGUCUCCGGAGUAUGCAGUAGACGGGCUGUUUUCAAUGAAAUCUGAUGUCUUUAGCUUUGGUGUUUUAGUACUGGAGAUACUAAGUGGAAAAAGAAACAGAGGAUUUCAACACCCUGAUCACAACCAUAAUCUUCUUGGACAUGCAUGGAGACUGUGGAUAGAAGAGAGGGCAAUGGAGCUAAUUGAUGGAUCUUUGGAUGAGGCUUGUCCAUUACCUGAAAUAUUAAGGUGCAUUCAUGUUGGUCUAUUAUGUGUGCAACAAGCACCGGAAGAUAGGCCAAUUAUGGCAUCUGUUGUUCUAAUGUUGGGUGGUGAAAGAUCAUUGCCUCAACCGAAGCAACCUGGUUUUUUCACAGAAAGGAAUCUACCUGAAUCCUCAGAGUCCUCAUCAAGCAAGCAAAGAUUUUCUUCAAACAAUGAAAUCACAUUCUCAUUGUUAGAGGCUCGUUAAGUGUCUGCUGUCAAUCCAAUAUUUUUCUAUCUAACACUGUCCUAUUAUU